AAUCUGUUUUCAUCGUCAGUGUGCAUCUCUCCGUCAGAGUGCAUCUUCAUAAGUAGAACUACGAAUGUAGGAAACAGUGAAGAAAAUGUUAAUACUGUUGGUAUUAGUUACUAUUCCCUUCUGGAUUUUCUUGAUCUUGCUUUGGUAUGUUAAACAGUUCCGAUACAUUAGAGCAUUUAAACGUAUUCCAGGUCCCACGCCGUGGCCCAUUGUGGGAAAUGCAUUGGAAUUUACAUCUUUAAAUGAUGUUAUACCAAAAAUGGUCGAAUGGAAGCAAAAGUACGGAAAUUUAUACAGAAUGAUAAUAGGCUAUGUACCACCCAACCUUAUUAUCUGUGAUUACAAAUUUGUGGAAUUCUUAUUGAGUUCAAAUGUAGUUUUGGGAAAAUCAUUGAUAUAUAAUUUUGUACAUCGAUGGUUAGGAAAGGGAUUAUUAACUAGCACUGGGAUUCAUUGGAAAAAGCACAGGAAAAUUAUAACCCCCGCUUUCCAUUUUAAAAUUCUGGAAAAUUUUAUAGAUGUAUUCGAAAAGAAUUCUAAUAUUUUGAUAAAAACACUGGAGAAUGAAGUAAACAGCAAAUCUUUUGAUGUAUAUCCAUAUAUUAAACUUAUGGCUUUAGACAUAAUAUGUGAGACUGCACUGGGAACUGAAAUUAAUGCACAAUUAGACAAAGAAUCCAAAUACGCAAGCAGUGUAGAAGAUUUGUGCAGUUUAGUAAUAAAGAGGGGAAUAAACAUUGUUUACAAACUUGAGUUUCUCUAUCAAAGAACUAAUUUAUAUAAGCAAGAACUUCAAGCUCUUGAUGUUUUACAUAGCACAACUCAAUCUGUCAUUAAGAAUAAGAAAGCUAAAAUGGGAAACAGCUCAGUAACAGAUGAGACAGAAAACGAAUAUGGGAUUAAAAAGAAAUUGGCAUUUUUGGAUUUGUUGUUACAAUCUACCAUCGACGGAAGGCCAUUAUCAGAUGCCGAACUACAGGAUGAAGUUUCUACAUUUAUGUUUGCUGGUCAUGACACCACAGCUUCUGCAAUCAGCUUUGUUUUGUACAAUUUAUCAUUAUACCCUGAUAUUCAGAAUAAAGUGGUGAUGGAGCAAAAACUUAUAUUUUCUGAUAAUUUUGAUAGAACCUGUUCUUAUUCCGAUCUAAAUGAAAUGAAAUAUUUGGAAGCGGUGAUAAAGGAAUCAUUAAGACUGUUUCCCUCGGUUCCAAUGAUAGGAAGGAUGCAUGAUGAAGAUAUCGAAUUCGAUGGAAUUAAGAUUCCAGCCGGGACGCCCUUGAUUAUUUUUAUUUACGGUUUAAUGAGAGAUCCAAAACAUUUUCCGGAACCGGAAAAAUUUAAUCCGAAUCGAUUUCUCGUUAAAGGCGAAGGAAAUCACUCGCCUUUUUCUUAUAUUCCUUUCAGUGCAGGACCAAGGAAUUGUUUGGGUCAGAAAUUUGCAAUGUUAGAAAUGAAGUCGGCUAUUUCAAAAGUAAUCCGAAGAUACGAACUUCUUCCCGCUGAUCCUGUACAUGAACUUCUGUUAUCGCUUGAAAUAACACUAAGAUCUUCAAAUGGCAUAAAGAUAAGGAUUCGAGAGAGGAAACAAUAAAGACUUUAUUUAAAAUAAUGGUUUACAAUUAUGUAGUUCAACCAAUAAAUGCAUAGGUUUGAAUUGAAAA